AUGGCUGCCGACCGCCCGACGCUCUCGCUCUCCAUGUCCGACUUUAUUGCUCCGGACGCACCGCUCACUUCGCCUGUAUCAGACGACUACGCCUAUUCGCCUACUGCCAUGGACAGCUUCUCGUUUGAGUUUCCGCCAUACUCGUACGCAGACGAUUCGGCUGCUUCCUCGCCCGGUUCGCCCAUGCUCGCAGAGCGCGCACUCAAGAUGCGGAUGACCCCGGACUACUCUUCGGACGCAAGCAUGCCCACGAGCCAGGUCUUUGAUCUCGAGCCGACGCCCGUGUCCUCGCGCGAGGCCAGUGCCGCGGCAUCUCCCGAGCCCAACACCGAAGUCAAGAAGGAGCGUGCGCCCUCGAAGCGUCCCUCCGAGUCGAAUAUCAAACCGGAUGCACCGAGCAAGAAGCAGCGCACCGAGCGCGUUACCACGAAGGAUUUCGUGCCUCCGGACGUCUCGGGCCUCAGCAAGCGUGAAGCUCGUCUUGUCAAGAACCGUGCGGCGGCGUUCCUCAGCCGGCAGCGCAAGCGCGAGGAGUUUGAGUGUAUGGAAGUACGCGUCGCCGAGCUCGAGCAGGAGAAUGCCCGCCUUCAGGCCAUUGCCGCGGGCGUAGCACCUCCGCCAGUGCAGGUUGUGCAGCAGCCAGCCGCUGUCGAGCUCUUCAGUGAGAUCGACCAGCUCAAGGCGCGCCUUGCCGAGGCCGAGAAGCGCGAGCAGGAGCUCAACGACAAGCUUGCGGCCCGGCCCGCGCCGGCCGUUAAGCAAGAGGAGCCGGCAGAGUCCCGGCUGUCCCCGCUUCGCCCGGCUGUCCCCGCCUCCUCGCCGCGCUUGGGCGCGAGCCUCUCCCUCCUGGUCCUCCUCUGUGCACUCCCCUCCAUCUUCGCCGUCUCGGGCGGUGCCCCGGGAGCCGACAUGCUCUCUACCUCUGGCUUCCCGUUUGCAGCGCAGGCGGGCCAUGGCCUCGACGUAGGCGCCGGUCUCAACCUGUUUGGCAACGACGUCGACUGGGACAACUCGCCGAUGGACCUCGACCUCGAACGCCCGCUCACCAUGCCGUCGCGUCUUGAGUUCGCAGAUAACCUCGGCGCACUUGGUCUUGGCGGUCUUGAUAUCAGCUUUGAUGCUGAGGCUGCGGCCGAUGGCAAGAUUCGCGUGCGGAUCCACCAUCCGGCCUCGUCGGCACCCUCCUCGCCUGUCAUGCCCGCCUCGCCGUUCGAGAUCGACGCACCUGCAUGGGGUUCUGGAUGGAGCACCCCGCCGGCAGAAGACCCCUUCCUCGGUGUCGGUGCACCCCUUGACCUCGAGGAUGGCAUGUUCGGCUUCGACCUGCCGCGCUCGCGCUCGGUCAGUCCAUCGAUCGACACCCCGUAUGGCCGUCGUCGCGUGCGCAUCGCGCUCAAGAGCGCACCGGCCGGCACUGACGGUGGCGAGUGGGAGAUCGAGCUCUGCUAG